CUGGGGUAGGGAUGUUUGUGACACCCCCUUUCGAGAGUGUGAUAGAGUUUGAGAUAACAUUGAACAGUUGACAUUGGUAUCUCAGACGUCAACAGUCACCAUGUUGUCACUGGAAACAAUAUGCGGGAUUUAAAGUCACGUGGUAUGGGUGGUUCACACAGCGGUCACCUGUACUGUACUUUAGCGCGAGGUCUGCCUGUUGACAGCCAGCCUCUUUGUGAGGAUGGAUUUAAUAAAUUCCUCCAAAAGCGGAGUAUAUUACAGAUUGUCCUGACAGACAUCACGACUACAACACUUUUGGUUCUGCUGGACUUCUGCUUUCAGUGGUGUGAUGGUGACGCUGGUGCUGUUACUAUGGUGGUGGUCGACUCCGCGUCCUUCCGGCUUACCCCGGGGCCUGGAACAGCCCUCCCGCUGAUCGGUCAUCUGCACUUGCUAAGCAGAGAUCCCAGGGUGCAGUUCGCAGCAUGGCGGCGACAGUACGGCGACGUAUUCAGUCUCUACGUUGGCAACCGUCUGAUAGUGGUGCUAAGUGGCUACAGGGUCAUCAAGGACGCCCUGGUGACACAUGGCGACGUCUUCUCAGACCGGCCUCACAUGUUCCUCACGGAUGUAAUUGCGAAAAAUAGAGGUGUUGUCGGCACUUCAGGCCCCCAUUGGAAGGAGCAGCGGAAGGUGUCGUUGGAGAUUCUGCGUGAGAUGGGGAUGGGCAGGAACGUGUUGGCCGAGAAGAUCCAGGAGGAGGUCAGAGAGUAUGUCAAGGCAAUUGCCGCUCUUCAGGGUGCUGCCUUCGACCCCAAAACACUUACUUACACCAGUGUGUCCAACAACAUCUGCUCCAUCGUCUUCGGAGAACGCUUCGAAUAUAACGACCCGGUCUUCUGCCGGUACCUGGAUACCAUAAACCAGAACUUUAAGAACCUCGCCAGAACAACGGCUGUCAACUUCAUCCCUGUGCUCAAGUACCUGCCGGGAGACUUGUUUUGCCUGCAGCGCACCAUAAACAACGUGGCUUUCGUACAGAAUGAAUUUCUCUUCCCACAGCUGGACAGUCAUCGCAAACGCUAUGACGACAGCAACGACGAAGCCAGCGAUUUCGUGGAAGGAUACCUUCGAGAGAUGAAUAAAAUGAAGGGCAAAGACAGCACUCUAGAUGAUCCGAACCUGGUCAAAGUCAUGGGCGACCUGUUUGUAGCGGGGACCGAGACCACAGCCACUGUCAUCCGUUGGGCUCUCGUGUACUUCCUGCACUACCCGGAAGUUCAGGAAUUAUGUUUUCAGGAGAUCAAAGAGUCAUCGGUACGGAGCGAGCGCCGACCAUCCGCGACACCGGAACUGACGUACGUGGAGGCCACCAUCAUGGAGGUCUUAAGGCACGCUGACAUCGCGCCGUUUGCCCUUCAUCACGGACUGGCCUGUGACACGAUGUUCAUGGGAUACACGCUGCCAAAGGAUACCAUUAUCAUUCCAUUCAUCGAUUCCGUCCUCCAAGACCCUGACAUCUGGGAUAACCCGCUAGACUUCCGGCCAGAAAGAUUCAUUGGCCCUUACGGAAAACUGGUCAAAAAGGAGGAGUUUAUACCUUUCAGCUUGGGACGUCGUGUUUGUCUUGGUGAGGCCAUGGCUCGGACAGAACUCUUCCUGUACCUGUCGACCAUGAUACAGCGCUUCCGCUUCCUGCCACCGGAAACAGGAGAACUGCCAUCUUUGGAGGGAAUCAUGAGCCUCAGUAAAAUACCAGGCAACUUCUUGCGCGCAUGA